AUGGACCAAGAGGAACUUCUCACUCUGAGAAAGGAACUAAAGACAUGGGAACAUGAUUUUAUACAAAAAUUCAAUAAAUCUCCAAAGAAAAAAGAUAUUGAAUUGAAUCAUGAAAUUAAAUUAAAAUAUAAAAAAUAUUCAAAUUUGAAAAAAAGAAAGCAUGAUCAGCAAAUUACUUACCACAGCCCCAUAAGGCUGCCGUCUCAAGAAAUCACUGAAGUUGGUCCAACUCCUCAAAUCUUCGGUACCUCGAUCUCAAUCUUUGAUUUAAAUCUAUCUCCAGUAAAAAGAAAAUUGAUACUGAACGAUAACAAUGAUGAUAAUGCUGCCGCUGCCGCUGAUACUGAUGAUGAUGAAGAUGAUGAAGAAGAUGAUAAAUUGAUCCAGGAUGUGGAGCCAAGACGAUUAAUCGAAAGACACAGUAAAUAUGGUCCAAAUUCUCCAAUGAAAUUCUCUCUCAAUAAAAAUAUUAAAUUUAAGACUCCAACAAAAUUAAAUGAAAAUAUUACUUCAAUGUCACCUUCACCAAUAUGGAAAAAAUCUUUAAAUAAGACUUUAAAACAAUUGGAAGAUGAAUUCAAUGAAAUUCAGAGCGAAUUCGGUACAAUUUCUCCCAAAGAAGAACAGGAAGGACAAGAAGAACGGAAGGACCAGGAAGAACAAGAAGGAAUACAAGAAUCUCAACCUGUUAAAAAACGUAAUAUCAAGGAAAAACCCCUUGGUGCUCCAAAUUUAUCACCAAUAAAGAUCAACUUACCUGAGAAAUUGAAAAAAUUGAAAAAGCAACAAUUAAAUUCCUUCUUUAAUGAAACAAUUGAUGAAAAUACUGAAUCUGAACCUGAAGAAAAGCAAGAAGUUAUCAAGACUAAACCAAAGAGAAAGAAAAAGUAUAAUUUAGUGAGUAACAAUUUCAGAAGAUUGAAACUACCUUCAAGAAAGAAAAAUAAUUUUAAGAGAAGAAGAUUAUAA